CUCAUUGGCCUGUGCAUUCGCCUCAACUGGGCAGGGCUCAAAUCCCAGCCAUUCCUAAAACUAUAACUGGUUGUCUCUCCAAGUAGUCUGCACCAGGACCUCGGGAAGUCCAGGACCUUCCACUCAGACACAAUGAGCGCAAUGGUGCCUGUCCUGCUGUCCCUAAUGCUUGUUCUGGGUCCUGCAGUCCCCCAGGAGACUCAAGAUGGGCCUUACUCUCUGACCUACAGCUCCAGUGGGAUAUCCAUGCCCAAGGAGGGCUUCCCCAGUUUUCAGGCCACUGGCUACCUCAAUGAUCAGGCCUUCUUCCACUACGAUAGUGAAAGUGAAAAGGCUGAGCCACUGGGCCCAUGGAAACAGGUAAAAGAAAUAGAGGACUGGGAGCAACUCAGUAAAUUUCAGAAGGCCAGAGGAGACUUCUUUCUGCAGAACCUGAAAGACAUCAUGGGCUAUUACAAGGACACAGGGAAUCACACCAUGCAGGAAAAAUAUGGUUGCAAACUCUGCAAUAACAACUACUGUGGGGCAUUCUGGACGGUUGCCUAUGAUGGACGAGACUACAUCAAGUUCAACACAGAAAUCCCAGCCUGGAUCCCCCUGCAACCAGAAGCUGUGAACACUAAGGUGAAGUGGGAGACAGAAGGCUCUGUGCAGCGGGCCAAGGCCUCCCUGGAGGAAGAGUGCACCCAGAAGCUGCAAAAAUACCUGCAAUACAGCAGGCCAUUCCUGGACCGCCAAGAUACUCCCUCUGUGUCAAUCACCAGCCAUGUGGACCCAGGAAACAUCAGGAUCCUCAAGUGCCUGGCUUACAACUUCUACCCACGACCAGUCAGUAUGUACUGGACUCAGGCAGACAGGGCAGUAGAGAGUGAGUCAUGGGGAGAAGGUCCUCUCAGUGAAAAUGGCACUUAUGAGUCCUGGGUGGUGGUGAAAAUCCCCUCUUCAGACAGAGACCCCUACUCCUGCCAUGUGCAGCACAGCAGCCUGGCCCAGCCACUCACUGUUCCAUGGAAUGACAGGCAGUAAUCAUGGGCUGAGGACACCUUGGUGUCUGGAAAGCAUUAAGCAGGACAUGAGAGAGAUGAGCUCUAGAAUGACUGUCAUCACCAUCAGUGAGGCCCAGAGAAGCAGUGAGGAGACAGAGAGGUGGUGAAUUUGGAGACACAAGACUUGAAUGCUGGGCACUGAGGUGACUCACUGCUACAUUCCUUCUCAAAACCCACUAUCUAUUCUGUGAAAUCUAAUCAACUAGCCAAUACACAAAAUAAACCAGAUUAUUAAACGGUCAAAUACUGUAGAGAUGUCAGCAGAGGUUAUUACUCAUCCUGCCCCCAAGCAUUUGUAUCAUCUGAAAUUCUCGGUACCCACUGAAAGCAAUAU